UCCUGAACCCUCGAUUUUUUGUUCCUGGGUUGUGAUGAUAUCAUAUGACGUCAUAGUUAAAGUUGACGCACCACGACGACGUCAUGGGCUUUUUUUCAUAACCAAAGAUGGACAUCGGUUCACCUUAUCAGUAUUCAGUAUGCUAGGUUAUUCACUCAUUGGACAAUUGCCAUUGGGCUCAUAUCUGAAGGACCAUGGUGGAUAAAAAAAGCUCAUUGUGGCUGCUGGAAACCUCAUUUCGGGACAGGAACUAAAGACAAACCAAGUGACGAUUUUUCGAUAUGUAUGACGACCACAAGC